GAUUGCAAUCCCACGAUGCUACACAUCAUUUGAGGAUCCUGGAGAUAUUCUCAGUCGUGAUCUACACAUAUUUUGUGACGCAUCUGAAAGGGCUUAUGGCUCAGUAGCCUACAUGCGAACAGAGAACAACGAUGGACAUGUACAUGUCUCAUUUGUGUUGGCCCGUUCACGAGUUGCCCCUCGGAAGCAAAUGACGAUUCCGCGACUGGAAUUGAGUGCAGCACUUAUAGGAGCACAGGUUGCCAAACUUCUACAAACUGAACUAACUCUCAACAUUGAUCAUGUUACCCUCUGGUCAGACUCAUCUACCGUUCUACAGUGGCUGAAAUCGGAUUCAUGCAGAUACAAAGUCUUUGUCGGAACCCGGGUUGCAGAAAUACAGUCACUCACUGAUAUUGAUAUCUGGAGGUAUGUUAAUUCAGGGAACAACCCAGCUGAUGUCAUAACACGUGGCCAAUUACUUAAGGAUUUAAUCCUUCCUUGUCGCUGGAGUAAUGGACCAGAUUUCUUACACCAGCCAGAGUCAUGCUGGCCCUCUUUACCGGCAGUUGAAACUGAACCAGAAUCAGAGUUGAAGAAGUCUGCAAUUUGCCUUAAUGUAUGCACCAGUUCAGACAUUGCCCUACCUGAUAUCAGUCAGUAUACUACCUGGACUGAAUUAUUAAAGGCAACAGCGACCUCCCUUCAUGGGGCGGCUACCUCUUCCACACAAUCAACAGAUGAUUCGUUAAACUUCAUCUCAGCAGAGAGGCUCCUCUUACAACAGGCUCAGAAAGAUUCCUUCCCAGAGGAAUUUAAGGCUCUUGCUUCAGACCGACCAUUACCAUCCAACAGUAGAUUGGCAUCACUAUCACCCGAGUUUGAUAAGAUCAGUGGACUCAUCAGGGUUGGCGGGAGACUACGACAUGCCAAAGAUAUGGAAUUGGACGCCAUACACCCCAUCGUGCUUGAUCCACAGCACAGCCUAACCAAGCUUCUAAUUAAGGAUUAUGAUGCCUCCCUUUCACAUCCUGGGCCAGCAAGAGUCUUUGCUGAACUAAGAAGACGUUAUUGGAUUCUACGGGGAAGGGAGUCUAUUAAGAAACAUCAAUACACAUGCAUUGACUGUCAAAAAUGGCGUGCCAAGCCUAACAUUCCCAAAAUGGCCGACCUUCCACCAGAACGCUUACAUCUGUACAAGCCCCCCUUCUAUUCCACUGGAAUGGAUUGCUUUGGUCCAUUCACGGUGAAGAUUGGCCGAAGAAAUGAGAAAAGAUGGGGAAUAGUGUUUAAAUGUCUGACAACCCGUUGUCUACAUCUUGAUCUGUUAGAAAGCAUUGACACAGAUGCAUUCCUAAUGUCUCUUAGAAGAUUCAUAGCUCGAAGAGGGAAACCAUUCGAGCUUCUCUCUGAUAAUGGUACCAAUUUUGUUGGAGGAGACACUGAGAUGAGAACAGCCUAUGAAGCCAUGACGCCUGAUCUGAAGCAACAACUUGCUGAACAACAGAUUUCAUUCAGAUUCAAUCCACCUAGUGCCCCUCAUUUUGGGGGAGCAUGGGAAGUCAGUAAAGCAGGCCCUAAAAGUAGUACUGAAGGACCAAACAGUGUCUGAGACUGUACUCCGUACCAUUCUCACUGAGGCAGAGGGCAUCUUGAAUGCUAAACCAUUGGGAUACACAUCCUCAGAUGUGGCAGAUCCUGACCCUAUUACACCUAACAUCCUGCUAAUGGGUCGUCAUGAUUCGUCACUUCCACAAGUACUCUAUGAUUCAAGUAAUCUUUUGGGAACUAGAAGAUGGAAACAUAGUCAAGUACUUGUUGACCAUUUCUGGGCUAGGUUUAUCCGUUAUUACCUCCCGAAUCUGCAAGAAAGACAAAAGUGGCGUAAAGAGGGAGGAGAAAUUAGUCUGGACCAAGUGGUACUGAUAGUGGAUCCACAACUGCCACGAGCAUGUUGGCCAGUAGGAAGAGUGACCAAAACUUUCCCUGGACUUGAUGGACGUAUCAGAACAGUUGAAGUUCAGGUACACAAUCGCACUUAUGUAAGACCUGUAUCCCGUAUAGUAUCACUCCCUAAACUCAAUGAAGAUGACACUAUUGCCCCUACCAGUUAGUUAGGAUUUCUCACUAAUUCAAAUGUUCUUAUACACAUUUGGGGGCGGCUGUGUGAGAAAGCCCUAACCACGCCCCCUUGCGUAGUACGUCAUGCACGCAUUGGAGACAUGUUCAGACAUGCAGACUCGGCAACUGAGAGUGAAAGGAGGCUAACGGGAUGGUUUAUGCAUAUUUGUAUAUGUUUUUCCCGUGUGUACUUGAUUACGGACCAUGUGUGAAUAAACAUAUACAGAUCUUCAUUUGAUUCAAAAGCUGAACUAUGCCUCAUUAUUCCGUUUCUCUAACCGGAAACAUCCACAUCCAUCUUGAGUGCAUUUUCACAUGAACCCACUGAGCGUCCUAAACGCUC